AUGACGUCAACGAGCACCGUAGCACCUUACGUGGUGCAAUCCGAUCAAUAUUUCAUCGAAUACUUCGAAUUCGUGCGCUCCUUCUACUUUUAUGUGAUCCCAGUGAUGAUCGUCAUUUUAUUGAUUGCCAUCAUCGGCAACGGCGUCAUCUGCAUCUCCUCCCGCCAUUUGCCCUCCCCCGUUUCGCCCUAUUUAAAACUGUGCGUCUCUCUAUCAGCCGCAGAUCUGUGGGCAGCCACCCUUCUCAUAAUCGGGUUACUCGUCAACUCGUAUCUUCCCGUAGUGAUUGGUGUCCGAAAACGGUCGCUUUGUAUGGAUGCCGUGCUGGAGGCUUUUCGGGUUGCGGCAAUGCUGACGUCCGAUUGGCACCUCUUUGCGCUGGCCGUCAACCAGUUUGUGGGCACGAUGUGGCCGCUGAAAUAUCGGAUGCUGGUGACGACGCGAAGGAUGCGGAGUUUAUUAUUCCUGCUCUGGAUCACGCCCCUUUUCAUUUCAUUCGGAUGGUUCCUCUGGUGGCCAGAGGACGGUCUUCGCCAUCCGGAAUGUCAUUUCGGCUUCUACAAUCGAUUCCCGUUCCGAGCCAUCGUUUUUGUCCUCUUCACCGCCCCGCUGUUGGCCACACUGGUGUUCUAUUCUCUGAUCGUGGCGCAUUUGAUGAAAGCCAAGGCUGAGUUCGACUCAAGGAGUGGAAGGAAUGAGAGUACAAUUUCCAUCCACCGUGUCGGCGUGGGGAAGAGCGUUGUUGCCGGGAAGCUGAAGCUCGUCUGGACGACACUCCUCAUCCUCCUCUCAUUCUGCCUCUCCUGGGGGCUGUGCGUGCUGUAUUUUGUAUUGGUGUGUUCCGAGGGUUGCCUAUUGACGUACAAGAUCUCCAUCUCGCCGUACGUCUCGCUCCUCUUCAACUCGGUCGUCAAUUGCAUGGUGAUGCUCAAAUUGGCCUCCAAUCCAUUCAUCUACACACUAAGGAUCCGGAAGUUCCGGCAGAGCGUCAAUAGCUUUAUCGGGAAGCUGAAGAAAGCCAAAGCCUACCACAACACGAUUAGCCAAAAGGAGCGACGGGCCGACCAGAACGGCACGCUACUAUCCACAAAAUCGAACAACCUGACAUUCGAGUAU